GAGCUCGUCGGCGAGGCUGGCUACGCCGGCCCCAACUUCCGCUACUCGUAUGUGAUGCUGCGCGAGCCUGACCACAAGACGCUCGACGGCUGGAAGGCCGGCGAGGACGUCCCUCGUGAGAUCGGCGUGCUGGUGCUGGACAAGACGACGAACGUGGCGCGCGAAAUGGUCGUGAACGUGCCGGCCCAUAAGGUCAUUCACAACCGCCAGCUCAACCCGGCCACCGACGGCUGGGGGCCGAUUCUUGAUGAAGACUUCGUUUUGGCGGGAACCAUCACCAUGGCUGACCCGGGCUACGUUGCCGCUCUGGCCAAGCGCGGCAUCACCGACCUCAGCAUUGUUCGUCACCUCCCGCUGUCGACUGGAGUGUUCGGCUACGAGGAAGAAGUCGGUCGCCGGAUGAUCCGCGUGCUGAGCUUCCUGGCGAGUGAGAACACGCACUCCAUGUUCGCCCACCCGAUCGACGGCGUCGUCGCUCACGUCGACCUCACCAACCAGCGCGUGCUCCGCCUCGUUGACACGGGCUAUGACCACGUACCGAUGGAGUCGGGCGACUACCUCUCCCCGGAGCUGUCCGGCCCCAUGCGCACGGACAUGAAGCCGCUCCGCAUCACGCAGCCCGAGGGCGCGAGCUUCACGGUCGAGAACCACGUGCUCAAGUGGCAGAACUGGGAGGUGCGCAUCGGCUUCAACGGCCGCGAGGGCCUCACGCUGCACGACGUCUCGUUCUCCGACCGCGGCACCAAGCGGCCGAUCCUCAACCGCGCGGCCAUCUCGGAGAUGGUGGUGCCCUACGGCGAGCCGCAGCCCACGCACGAGUGGCAGAACUACUUCGACGCGGGCGAGUACCAGUUCGGGCGGCUGGCCAACUGCCUCGUGCUCGGCUGCGACUGCCUGGGCAAGAUCCAGUACCUGGACGCCACGGUGGCCAACGCCUUCGGCGAGCCCAUGCUGCUCAAGAACGCCAUCUGCAUCCACGAGGAGGACUUCGGCACGCUCUGGAAGCACACGGACUUCGUCACGAACAAGGGCACGGUGCGUCGGCAGCGCCGGCUGGUCAUCUCCUUCUUCGUGACGGUGGGCAACUACGACUACGGCUUCUACUGGUACUUCUACCUGGACGGCAAGAUCGAGCUCGAGUGCAAGGUAUCGUCUUCUCGUCGGGCCGGCCCGAGGCGACACUGCUUGGUGGCGCUGGUACCGCUGGUACCUCACAGCCUCGGCGCGCCGUGCCACCAGCACCUGUUCGCCGCCCGCCUGGACGUGGCCAUCGACGGCAACAAGUGCCACGUCGACGAGCUCGAGGUGCAGCGCCUGCCGAUCAGCCCCGAGAACCCCGUGGGCAACGCCUUCAAGCGGGUGGCCACGCGUCUGGAGCGCGAGAGCGACGCCCAGCGCGAGGCCGACAACAAGCUGGGCCGGGCCUGGCUGAUCGCCUCGAGCGAGAAGCUGAACCGCUUGGGCCGGCCCACGGGCUACGUGCUGUACCCCGAGGGCGCUCCGCUGCUGCUGGCGGCGGACGACAGCUCCAUCAACAAGCGCGCGCAGUACGCCAUCAAGCACCUGUGGGUCACGCAGUACGCGCGCGACGAGAUGUGGGCCGCCGGCUACACGCCCAACCAGCACCCGGGCUACUCGGGUCUGCCGGCGUACGCCAAGGCCAACCGGUCGGUGGACGGCGAGGACAUCGUGGUCUGGCACACGUUCGGCCUCACGCACUUCCCUCGCGUCGAGGACUGGCCGGUCAUGCCCGUGGACUACGCCGGCUUCAGCUUCCGCCCCGACGGCUUCUUCGACCGCAACCCGACGCUGGACGUGCCCGAGGACCCGAACGGAAAGGAGUUCUCGGAGAACUGUGAGUGCGCGUGUCCGUAGGGAGCUAGAGAUGGGAGAGCGGCCCGAUGUUGAAGCGUACGUGUAGGUGUUUUCAUAUUCAAAGUGGACGUUCAAUGAAUAGCACAACCUUGUUCCA